GGAUGCCACGGAUAUAAUUUUAAAUAUUGACAAAAAAAUAUACUUCAUUUGAAAUAUUUCUCCACUAACAUUUCAUUUCAUAUAAAUUUUCCUCACACAAAAAUCAUGACAUUUGAAGUUUCACACAAGAUCACCCGAAUGGCAAUUUUAAAGAUUCACCCUUGAUUUUAUGAUAUCUCGACACUUGAGUUAGUGUAUCUUCUAUAAAUAUCUACAUAUUAUUUAUAACAUUAAAAUGCAUGAAUUAAAAUAAUUAUUGAUAAGUAGUUAAAUCUUAGGACCAUCCUACAUCCAUCAUUAAGAUAGAUGAUGGAUGUUUAGUUACUUAUACAAAUGGCAAGCAUAACAAACGAAAGUGCUACACUAGGACGCCACGAUAGGUAUAAUGGAAAUCUAUCAUUAAGUAUAAGAUGCUCACAGCAGCUCGUAUGCUAGAUGGAUCUAAUCUUUUCAUCACGGUUGAAGAAAAUGCAAGCAUUAGAAAUCAUCAUGAUUUUACUCAUCGUUAUAAUUCAGUACACAUCAAGAAGUAAAGGUGAUAACAUGGGUGGUGUGCAAAAGUUGGAAUAAAUAAUACAUCUACGUUAACAAUUAUUUAAAGUUCUAGUAGUAAGGUGGUUCUGAUACAUUGUCUACCUUCAAAGAUACUGCAAAUCUGCGAUGUUUAUGUUUUAUGUCCUUUUUUGGUCCUUCAUAAAAUUGAGCUCAGCCCAAAUUCCUCAAUUCGGACCAUGUCCUGACAUAAAUGUAAUGGCUAAUUUUAAUUCAACUAAGUACUCAGGUACCUGGUACGAGGCUGAGAGGUACUUUGCAUACUACGAACUCGGAGGAAAGUGUGUCAGAGCUGAGUACCGGGUGAAACACGAUGACACCAUUGUCAUAACAAACCAACAAGAAAGCGCUAUGACAGGCAUGCGCAUAGUGGUGCGAGGAGAAGCGCUGCAGCAGUCCAGGUCCCAGCCGGCGAAGAUGCUGGUCCGAGUGAUGCCGGUACCACUGGACCUGGCCACGCCCUACUGGGUGGUCCACACGAACUAUGAUAGCUACUCCGUCGUGUGGUCUUGCAAUGACUACAAUUACUUCCAUACUGAAAACGCAUGGAUUCUAACAAGACAGCGGGAACCGUCUCUGGAUACCCUCCAGAAAGCGUACACCAUAGUAGAUGAGAACAACAUGAGCCGAGCGUACUUUGCCAAGACUGAUCACACCAACUGCACUGAAAUAGAACCGGAGAAGAUGUUGGAAAUAGUAUAA